AUGAAAUAAAUUAUUGGAACUGUAUUAGGAGGAGGGUUAGGUAUAGCGACUUACUAUGCUUAUAAUGCAGGGUUUUUUUAAGAAGUUAAAAUAGAAGAAAAGAAGCUAAGUCCAAAAACAAUAGUUUACUUUUAACAUGAAGGAAGCUACCAAGAUUUAGGACCUGUUUUUAAAAAACUGAUCAAAGAAAGUUAGAAAUACAUGAAAGCUAAAAACAUAUAUAGAAUAAUGUAUGAUGAUCCAUACACAAUUCAGGAUAUCAAUAAAUUGAGAUCAAUUAUUGGAUUAGAAUUUGAUAAUGUUAAUGAUGAAAACGGGGCUAAGUUAUUGGUUAAAGAUAAAAAAGAAUAUCAAAUAGCAACUUUAGCUGAAACAGAAUCUAUAAACACUAACUUUUAAAUGAAACAAAAGAACUUUAGCGUUGUAUUUUUCUUAAUAAAGCUUAAAAUUCAACCCGCUAUUUAGAAAUAUUUGGCAGAAAAAGCCCAAUCAGAUAAAAAAUUUAAACUUAAUGAAGGCCACAGGAUAGUAGAAAUAUAUAAAUUUGACGAUUAAAAAAAUCCAGUUGAAAUUGAGUUUAAUGUACCAUAUGGGGAAGACUCUAAAUCAUAUAAUUUGCAUUCAAAGCCUUCUCCUUAGCACUAAAGAGUUGCUAAAUGA